UCUUCUCUCUCUUUCUCGCUCGGUAUUCCGUCCCACGCGCGGCACCGCCCACGCGAGGAUUUGCGUCAAGCCGGCGCGUGGGAGUGAGAGAGCAAUGCAGCUUACAUCGGAAUAUCCCCGCACAAGAGAGAGAGACGGCACCGAUGAGUCUUCAACGCGCUUUCUCUCCUUCGCGAGAGACGGAGCGCUGCCUCGAGACGGCGGCCAGCACCGGGAGCACUCGCGCGCAGCAGCUGCGAAAAAGAGCCAUGUCAGUGCUGCUGCCACGUUCCUUGGGCGAGCUGCAACUGUACCGGAUCCUGCAGAAGGCCAACUUGCUCUGCUACUACGAAGCCUUCAUCCAGCAGGGCGGCGACGAUGUGCAGCAGCUCUGUGAGGCUGGCGAGGAAGAGUUCCUCGAGAUCAUGGCCCUUGUUGGAAUGGCGACCAAACCCCUUCAUGUUCGAAGACUCCAGAAAGCUCUACGGGAUUGGGUCACCAACCCUUCCGUCUUCAACCAACCGUUGACAUCUCUUCCCGUUUGCAGUAUACCGGUGUACAAGCUACCCGAAAGUUCCAACAGCAAUGGGCAACAGAACCAACUUGCGGUUCCCAGAGCAUUGUUACCCACAAGCCCCAGUCCUGGAAGGCUGGACCUCAGCAGGGACGGGACGCCAGGGUGCUCCCCGCUGCAAGGCGCUAGCGAGAGUCGUUUCUGGGGAAGCGAGAGCGAGCACAGCCUUUCUCCAUCUGGAGCUUGUUCCCCGUGUUCACCCCACGAUGCUCUUGACGCUCUCGAUUCUGCCGCCGUCCAGUGCGUGAUGGAAUGCGUAGAGCGACUAGCCCAGACGUUGCCCAAGAGCGACCCCACAGAAAUCAAAGAACACAUUCGCGCCAACAAGAAGCUCAGCAAGAUGAUCGGCCACAUCUGCGAGAUGAGCGAAGACAGUCCGCAAAAGGAGGUGGAGAUUCGGAAAUACAGCGCCAUCUACGGAAGGUUCGAUUCCAAGAGGCGGGACGGCCGGCAGCUUACGAUGCACGAGCUAACGGUCAACGAAGCAUCCGCUCAGCUGUGUAUGAAAGAUCUGUCGCUGCUGACCCGAAGAGAUGAACUUUUCUCGCUGUCCAGGCAGAUUUCGCGGGAAGUUACCUACAAAUACACCCGCAGGAGGUCCCACUGCGGUGAUGACGAUGAACCGUCUCCCAAGAGGAUCAAAUCUGAAGAUGGUGUGUACGAUUUGCAGGAGGCUCUUCAUGUUCUUCACACACGUCAAGAAACGGUGAGAGAACAGCUUGCAAUGGCCAAAUCUAAAGGAGAGGAGACGAUCAGACAUAGUCUACAGGUACAGCUGGACUCUCUGUUGGCCAAGCAGGUGGAGCUUUUGCGUGACGCUGCCGUCCAAGAGAGACUGAAAUCGUUGGACUGGCGGAUUCCAACAGCAGCGCUGAAAUACCUCGCUCCGACUGCUCAACACUGCAACAGCGGCCUCUCGAAUCUCUCUGGCGAGAGACCCCUGAACCUGCGCCUGACAGAUGUCCCGUUGGGUAGGCAAUUAGCCAAUGAGCUCAAACGACAUCACAAGCAGAACGCAGAGGAACGGCAUCAUCACCAACAACAGACGUCCGAAGAGAGAAGGACGGCGGCCACAGAAAACGGGUCUCAGAAGGAGCCUGGGCUCCUGGAGAAGAAAACCAUCAAAUCAGAACCAGAGGACUCCAGAUAACGUCUUCGGCCUGAAAGUGAAAGCUUGCGUUUUGUUUAGUACUGAAACAGUGUGGCCUUAACAACUGUAAAUGCCUAGAGAUCCAUUUAUUUAGAGUUUUAUUUUUAUUUCUAAUUUUAGAA